CAAUGACUACUACGAAAACUGUGCUGUUGGAUUUUAAGAAAUUUUAUUUAAGAGAUAUGCGGUUGUUGAAUAAUCUUGGCGUGUAUGUACCAGUGGAAAAAAAGAAAUACCCCAUGUUCUUUGCAUUUUAUUGUUUUAUGGUAUUUUUCUUUUUUAUGGGUAUACUAAAUGGAGCCCAAUACUUGUACACUUUUAUCAAUGCUCAAAGUAUUCGCGAUUUUGCAGGUACUGGAUAUGUAGCAAACAUUUGUUCGAUGGCCAAUGUAAAAGCUUAUUAUAUAUUUAUUCAAAGAAAACAAGUUAUGCAAAUUUUCGAUGACCUCAACUGCCAAAGAUUUCAACCAACAACAGAGAAAGCCAAGAAGAUAGCCCAAAAAGGAUUAGACUUCUAUUAUAAGGCAAACGUGUUCCUUACUGCCAUAUCGGUAGUGGCUUGCACGUUUUCAGUGACAACUCCAAUAUUUUAUCCUAAAAAUGGCGGUCUACCCUUUGCGACAUGGUAUCCCUUUAAUGUGUCAUCUACACCUAUACACCAAAUCGUCUACCUUCACCAGACCAUAGCAGUGUACUAUAAUACUCUAAUCAACGUCAGUGGCGAUUUGCUGGUGGCUGGUUUGAGUACGUUUAUCGGUGUUCAGUGCGAUUUGCUAUGUUACGAACUCGUAGAAGGUCGAAGUGACUCCUUGGUCGAUUAUAUCACGUAUCAUCAGGAAAUUGUUAAGUUAACGCAAAAAUCGGAACAAAUCUUAAGCAGAAUAUAUUUCUUUCAGUUCUUUGCAACAACAACUGGAUUAUGUAUGACCCUAUUCUUAAUAACCUUGGUCGAGCCUAAUACUGUUGAGUUCCUGUUCUUAGUGAUAUACCUAGCAGCUAUUUUCAAUUUAUUAUUAAUUCCAACCUUGUUUUCUUCUGAACUAAGACGAAAG